AUGGAAGAAAGCAAUCAAGUUUCACUUUCUCUUUUGACUUUUUUGAGAUAUGAGUAUUUAAAUUAUUGUAUUAACAAAUCAUCAGAAUUAAUUACAGAUGAAAAGAACUUUCAACAAGAAAAUGAUUCCAAAAAAUUAUCAAUAAGUGGAAUACAAGUCUAUAAAGAUUCGUUAAUACGGGAACUUUCUAUGUCAACCCUAGAAGAAUCCGGUUUUUAUUUAGGGAUCAGAUUGGUUGAAAGGCUCAAAACUAAUAGAAGAGGUGGUUAUGCAAUAUUAGACAACGAACUCAUGUGGCUUUCGAAAUUGCCAAGUUCAAUUAACAUAAGUUCUAGGAAAGUGCAAUUUGAACCAGCGAUCAACGUUAUUAUUGUUUGUGGAAUUAUUAGAGGCGCGUUACAACAUUUAGGGCUUACAUGUUCGGUAGCAGCAGAAGUUAGCAAAAUUCCCUCUUGCACGUUUCAAAUACGUGUAUAUGCCCCAUCAAAAUAA